GUGCCAGGAGGCGGCGGCGGCUGAGUCUGUCUGUCUCUCAUUCUGUGAGGUCGGGAGGAGGAGACGGAGGGUCCCGGCCGCGCUCCCAGCUCCUUCUCCCCUCUCUGGCGCCGCUGAGCCGGGCAGCCCUCGGAAGGACUCCCCCAUCCCCCGAGGCAUGAACCGGGUCCAGCGAGGAGGAGGAGGAGGAGGAACCCGCAGCCUGGGCACCAUGGAAGUCAAGAGCAAGUUUGGUGCAGAAUAUAGACGAUUUUCUUUGGAAAGGUCCAAACCUGGCAAAUUUGAAGAAUUCUAUGGAUUACUGCAGCAUGUUCACAAAAUACCCAAUGUUGAUGUCUUAGUUGGAUAUAUAGACAUUCAUGGAGAUCUCUUACCUAUCAACAAUGAUGACAAUUAUCACAAAGCAGUUUCUACAGCUAAUCCUUUGCUUAGGAUCUUUAUUCAAAGAAAAGAAGAUGCAGACUACAGUGCAUUUGGGACAGAUACUAUGACAAGGAAGAAAAAUGUCUUAACAAAUGUGUUGCGUCCCGACAACCAUAGGAAAAAGCCACACAUUGUAAUUAGUAUGCCACAAGACUUCAGACCAGUGUCUUCUAUUAUAGAUGUAGACAUACUCCCAGAAACCCAUCGCAGGGUGCGGCUUUAUAAAUAUGGGACUGAUAAACCACUAGGAUUUUAUAUACGAGAUGGCUCUAGUGUCAGAGUAACGUCCCAUGGGCUGGAGAAAGUUCCGGGGAUUUUCAUAUCCAGGCUUGUUCCUGGAGGACUUGCUCAAAGCACAGGUUUACUGGCUGUCAAUGAUGAAGUUCUGGAAGUGAAUGGUAUAGAGGUUUCAGGGAAAAGCCUCGAUCAGGUUACAGACAUGAUGAUUGCCAAUAGUCGUAAUUUGAUAAUCACUGUACGACCAGCAAACCAGAGGAACAAUGUUGUUAGGAACAGCCGGACUUCUGGUAGCUCAGGACAGUCUACAGAUACCAGUCUUCCUAGUUACACUCCACAUACUGUGCCGAUCUACCAGCCUGAAGAAGAGGAAGACAGUGAUGAAGAUGAUAUCAUUAUUGAAGAUAAUGGUGAACCGCAACAAAUUCCAAAAGCUUCUCCUUCCAAUGAAAGCCUAGAAUCACUGACACAAACUGAAACCCUUCAUGAAUCAAUACAAAAUGGUUUUAUUUCUUCCAGAGAAGCAAACUUGUACUGUUCAACAAGCAGCAUUAACAUGGAGUUUCAAAACCAGGACUCAGAACAAAAGACCUUAGAAGAAGAUGGGACGAUCAUAACAUUGUGAAAUUGCAUCAGUUUAUACAUCAGAUUCAGAGGCCAUAAUGUCUUUUUAAACUUGGCUGUAUAGCUCUCUCCAGUUACCAUACUCCAGUAGCUUUCUAGAUUGCCAGAAUGGAGUUGUGAGUCACAUCAUUUUGUUCCAUUUUGGUACCUAGCUAAAUGAAUUGUAUUGGAACAUGGAGUGGUUCUCUUUUUGUUUUCAGAUAGGACAGCAUUGCCCUAACUUAAAAUUGUACAGAUGCAUUUUUCCAGAGCUGUUUUUAAGAUGGACUGUACAUAGGUAAUGUCGCUGUUCAUGACUAUUGCCUUGGGAUUUGGCUGCAUAUGUUAUCAUUGUCGGAAUUGUAAGUUUCAGUGCUGUCCCAUCUUUAUGAAAAUUAGCCCAAAGAGUACCGUAUUUCAGCCCAAAAAACCAUUAAUGAAACACAAUAACUAGCUAAAGCUAUUUUAUGCUAAGUCAUAUGCUAAUUAAGUUUUAAUAAUUACAAAAUUGAUCAAUUUCCUUUUCUUACAAAAUUUAGUUAAAUUUAUAAAAUUAGAAGGGUGGGCCUAUUCAACUUGUUGAUGCACUGGAUAAUUGAGAGAGUGUUUUUCCUUUUUAAAUUAAUGCUUUACUAUAUUGUGAUCUACUACUGAUAAAUCCCCACUGUAAAUUAGACAGCUCACUUUAAAUUCCUUGUUUGAUCUACAGUUUAUGGCUGUGUACAUGUGCCCUUCUGUGAUAGGAAAUAAGAUCUUAAAAUGUGAUGCUACCAUCCAAGAGUGCUAACACCAGUGGAAAUAUAAUUUCCCACAAUGUCCAGUUCCCAAGCAUUGGGGGAAAUUGAAAUCAUGGGUCAUUUCAGGCUCCCAGGGCUGCUGCUGCUACUAUCACAGUCUAGCCCACAAUGGCCCAUUGGCAGAAGCGGUAACCCUCCAAAGGAUAUUUUACCCAGAGCUCACUGUUUCCAUUAAUUUCUGUUAUACCCAUUGUGUGACAGCCUAAAAAUAUUAUUCGUUUUGUACUUCAACUGUACCUGUAGUUAUAGUGUUUACUGUUUUCUGUGUCUGCUAUGGAAUGAUUUUUAAAGUAUAACAUUUGUAAAUCCAAGGGCAAUUUCAAAUGUUGGAUUUGGCUGUCAGACAUCCUAUAACUGGAAUUUUUAAAGAUACAAAGAUUUUUCUGAAGUGAACAGGGUCCAUAAAGAAAUCAAGUUGUAUAAUCAUAAAUCAAUCAGUUUGAGGUUUUGUUCUGUUGCUUUCCAUUUGACAAAAUGUUUUUUAUAAAGCUUUCAGCAAAGGAUACCUUUUAAUUAUGUUUUCAGUGUAUGUUUAUACUGUUUACUUCACAUAAUUAUGACUAAAGUGCAGUCCACUUGAUUGUAAUAAGGGGUUGUCACACAAAUGGAUAUGACUGUCUGGUUGCACUUUUCAUCAUGGGUGUGUAUGUCCAGUACUAGUAUGGAUCUAACACAAUAAAUUAUACUGUAGAUUAAUUAUAAAAUGGAUUUUAUCAUACACAGGCAUGGGACCCAAAAUGUUAGUGAAAGAGUUGGAUGUUAAUUUAUUGUGGAAACAUUUGGUUUAGUGUGCUGCUUAAGUCAUUGAUUUUUUGAUACAUGCUACAAUCAUAUGCAUGAUGUUUUUGGAUAUAUUACACUGUACUUACCAACUUAAGGAAUUAUUUUAUUAUACUAUGCUUAAAAUUUAUUCCACAAGAUAAUAGUCUCAGUCAGGUAGCUUUCAUAAUGAGAUGAAGUAUGUUCCUUAUCCUAUACAUAUACAUGCACACCUGUAAAAAAUAAAAUAAACUUGGUUUGAAGCCAUUUCAGCAUGCCUAAUAACAUUUAAACUUUUAGGAAUUUGACAAAAUCAGUGAACAUUAGAGAUGUGGGGGGAAAGCAAAAGGUUUCAUGCAUUUUGCUAUUGGAAUGACAGGCUGCACUGCUAAUAAUUGCAGAGUAAUGCAGUUGCCUUGAUGACAGAACUAUAACCUUUCUAUCACUACUGUGUUUUUACUAAAUCUUAUAAAAUCAAAUUGCUGAAACAGAAUAUAACAAAAAUAAUUUUAUAUAUAAAACAGUACUGGAUUUCAGUAUAAUCAGACUGAUGUAAACUUUCAUAUACUACCUCUUAAACUUCAACCAUUAGCAUCUUAUUGAGGGGGGGGGUGUCUUAUGCUGGAGGAAUACAUGAAGGCUUGAUGUAUGUAAAAAAUUUAACUGUAAAACCCAGAAUCUAAGCAAGAUAACAGGUUUUAUUGUGAGUUCUGACAUUAUGUUGUAUGCUGUGUGUGUGUGUGUGUAAUAUGCACAUUCUUAAUUUUUGAUUGAAGCUUAUAUUAUAUGUGACCAAAUAAUUUGGUUGCUUCAUCAGAGAAUCAAAGUUCUCUAGUUAUUUGUACUUAUUUACAACAAGGAGAAGAAUUUUAAACCCCCUCAGCAGUUUGAAGAUGGAUUAGCCUUUUUAAGUGCACCUUAUUCAAAAAGAGCAAAAUAUGGCUACAAUAGUACACUUUUUUUGGAAUUAUUUUAUAGUUCCAGAUGAAGUCAAGCUUAACUGUGAAAUCAUUGUUCUUCCACCAUAAUUUAGGAUGUUACUGUCAUGUACUUUUGUGACUUAUGUAUUUUCUAGCUAAAACCUUUAUGCAACAUGAUUUUUACAUGAACAUGUAUAAUAUGUCAAAUGUCAGUAUUUUUCUUACCACUUUAUGUAUGAUGUACAUCAGUACCACUAAAUGAAUUUUGAUUUUACAAAAAUCAAAUUGGCAAGAGUUGUAUGUUAGUCAUAUUUUUACAGACAUGAUAAUAAAAAGCUAUGACUGUUGUUAAUUUGAAA